GUAUUUAUUUAGUUAAUUGGAGUCAAAUGUGUGCUUUUAGUUUUAGUAAUAUCAUCUGUUUAUGGGUUGUAUCUCAUCUUCCUGCAUUUAUUUCUGUCACAAUGUGUGGUGAUUUUAUUGAAAAAGUCAUUGCUCAAUUUCAAUGGAGAAGCAGCAUGUCAUAUUAGCAUUGUGUGUCCUUGUCCACUUUUAAUAUGUUAGACACUGUAAUCUUUUAGACACAAAUGAUUUGUCAUGAAACUGCAGAUACUUUAAUUAUGGUGCAACAUUAGUAUAGUUAAGCUUUAAUACUUUUGCAGGCUUACAGAGACGUAGAAAGUGGAGAUGUUUUCAUGUGUGCUGUGUGUCCAAGCUCAGUUAACUCACAUGCUUACUUGCAUUCUCAAAGCAAGUAUGAGGAAAUUGCUUUCACUGUGUAGCUCGCUGUGUGAUGUUUCCAAUGUGAAACCUUCUGUGCCUGCACUGAAUACUAGAUGCAAUUCGGCCAAGUGUCUCUGCUUUGCUGUGGGUUCAAAAGUCCUCGGCACAGACAGUUUUGGUCACUUUGGUUGAGCUGGUGAAGCCUGUAUGUGAAGAUUUGCUGGGUAGGUGAUGUGGAAGAUAUCCUGAAGAAAAUGCAUUGAGUCCCAGGUGAUUACUGCUCAUGCAGUCCUGCAAUGAUGAUGUGUUAACUCUACAACCUGCCCAAAAGCUGCCUCAGUACGAUUCUCUUCAGUUAAGAUUUUGUUCUAAAAUGUCAGAGUCUCCAGAGAGAGACGUCCCUCUGCUGCAGCUGCAGGAGGUCGAUUCCAGCCGAGCAGCAGGCUGCACUCUUUCAUCCAGAAUGAAUUCCUCCUCCCCAGCCGUGGCAAUGGAGAGCCACCCCAUCUGCAUUCCUUCACCCUAUGCGGACAUUGGGCACGAUUUCACCACCCUGCCUUUCUACAGCCCCACCCUGCUCGGCUACAGCGGACCCCCACUUCCUGAAUGCCCCUCAGUGCGUCAGUCGCUCAGCCCCACGCUCUUCUGGCCCUCCCAGAGCCACAUGGCACCUCUGGCACUGCAUCGCCCACAAUCCCACUGCCAGCAAAACCAGCCGAGCAAUGGCACCUGGCAGGAGCUCACAUCACGCAGUUACACAGCCAACGACAACAGCAAACCCGUGGGGAAACGGUCAGUGGAAUGUGAGGAGAGCUUCAGUUCCUCAGAGAGCAAAACAGACAUGCACUUCUGCGCUGUGUGCAGUGACUACGCCUCUGGCUACCACUAUGGUGUCUGGUCCUGUGAGGGAUGCAAAGCCUUCUUUAAAAGGAGUAUCCAAGGACAUAACGACUACAUCUGUCCUGCAACCAACCAGUGCACCAUUGAUAAGAACCGGCGCAAGAGCUGCCAGGCCUGUCGGCUUCGCAAGUGUUAUGAAGUAGGGAUGAUGAAAUGUGGUAUGCGUCGGGACCGUGGCAGCUACAAUCGUGGAGGCUCACAGCAGAGGAGAGUGGCACGCUCUCCUGCCAGAGCAGUAGCGAGUAGUCAGAGACAGCCAGAACGGAAAGCAGCACCACCUACCAGGGUAAAGGAGGUUUUUACUGCCACACUGAGCCCAGAGGAGCUGAUAGCUCGCAUCAUGGAAGCAGAGCCACCAGAAAUCUAUCUUAUGAAGGACAUGAAAAAGCCCUUUACUGAGGCCAAUGUCAUGAUGUCACUCACCAACUUGGCUGACAAAGAACUUGUCCACAUGAUCAGCUGGGCCAAGAAGAUCCCAGGUUUUGUGGAGCUCAGCCUCUUUGACCAGGUGCAUCUGUUGGAGUGUUGCUGGUUGGAGGUCCUGAUGUUGGGGCUGAUGUGGAGAUCUGUUAAUCAUCCUGGAAAGCUCAUUUUCUCCCCAGAUCUUAUCCUCAGCAGGGACGAGGGCAGCUGCGUACAGGGCUUUGUGGAAAUCUUUGACAUGUUGCUGGCUGCCACGUCCCGAUUCAGAGAGCUGAAGUUACAGAGAGAGGAGUAUGUCUGUCUCAAGGCCAUGAUCCUCCUCAACUCUAACAUGUGUCUGAAUUCAGCUGAGGCAGAUGAUGAACCUCAGAGCAGGACCAAACUGAUGCAGUUACUGGACUCCGUGACGGACGCCCUGGUCUGGGCCAUCUCAAAGAUGGGCUUGAGCUUUCAGCAGCGUUCCACACGCCUGGCCCACCUGCUCAUGCUGCUCUCGCACAUACGUCAUGCCAGUAACAAAGGUAUGGACCACCUGCACUGCAUGAAGAUGAAGAAGGUAGUGCCUCUGUAUGACCUGCUCCUGGAGAUGCUUGAUGCCCACAUCAUGCACAGCUCACGUCUGCCCCACUCCACUGCGGCCAUCGUGCCCGAGGAGAACCCUGGUGCACCGGAACCCUACAGCUGCUCCUCUCAGCAGUGGGCACAGACAGUUAUGGAGGGGCCUAUGGAGCUCAGCCAAAAUGAGCAGCCAUACAGCUCAAGGACAUCAGUUUGGACCUGGAGACUCAAAGAACUGGACCAAAUCAGCUGUAUAAAGCCUUAAAAUGCAUAGCUUUGUGAUAAUAAGGAUGUCACAGGUAAGCAUUCCUGGAAGUCAUAUUUGUAUUUAGUGGUUUUGCAAAACUCAGUGCAUUUCUUGUGUCUUUUCUGAGCCUUUCUUUUAUAUAAGCUGAGAUUUCCGUUCUUGAUACUGUUAGAGGACAAUUUUAAGACUUUUCCACUGUGAUUGUUUAAAUUACAGCUUUAAUAAAAGUGUGACUUGUGUCACUCCUGCACUGUAAAUUUUAAAAUGACAAAUGCCACCCUGACCCCCAACAGAAAUUAUGAUCAACUGUAAACACCAUUUUGUGCCUGUACUAAUUAUUACUUCUGAGUGUUUGUACGCACAAAACAAAAAUACGCACAAAACACACAUAUAUUUACAAUGACAGAUCUUUUGUUAUACCAGCUGGCAACAUGCAACAUAAUCAUAUACUUAUUGUAUAAUAUCAUAUAGGAAACAUAGAGAUGAAUGACAAACUAAAGGAAAAAACGGUGGCUCUGCUGGCUUGAUUUGAAUCCACUUGGCCCUGCAGAGGGAAGGGUCACUGCAAAUAAAUGCAAAGUUCUCCUGAUCACCUUUAUCCUCUGAUGAUACAAACCUACGCUGAUGGGAAUGGUCUUUUCCAGCAUUAAAAUGCUCUGAUUCACAGGGCAUGGGGGCUUAGUGAAUAUUUGAUAAGGAUGAAAAUAAUGUAUAUCAUAUGCUUUGGCCUUCGUAGUUACUAGAGCUUAACCCAGUUGAACAUCUAUAAGAGAUUUUGAACAGAUGUGUUAGACAGAGCUCUGUACCACCAUCAUCAAAACACCAACUGAGGGAAUAUCUUUUGGAAGAAUUGUUCAUCACUUGAGUACAGUUCUGGAGUUUUGUAAAAUCUAUGACAAGGCACAUUGAAGCUGAUCUAGUGGCAACACCUUAGUGAGGCAGUUAAUGUUGUUUUUUUCCUUUAAUUUGUCAACUGUCUGUAUGUACCUUUAUGCAAACAAAACACUUAAACCUAAUUCAGGACAGCUGGUUUCAUAUUUGCUAAUGACCAAACUCUCUUAGCCAAAAAGACAAGUUCAGGUAGUAAGACAAGAGCUAACCCUGCAACCAACGAUGUGAUAAAAUGCACUGCCAUAGUUUACACAACUUACAUUUGCACUUGUGUGUGUAAUUUGUUGAUAGCAGUUUAGCACGUGGCUUCCCAGUGCUUGAUCAUAGGCAGCAUCUAGCUCCAAAGCAUCAAUUUAUUUUCCAAUUUUCUAGGCUGACUUUGUAGAGUGAUCUGCUACACAAUUUUCAACUAUUGUCCACCAAAACACUGAUGGCUGACACUGCAAACCAAAAUAAAUUAAUACACUUAUCUUUUUUUUUCCAAGCUAAAAGCAUGCAGCAAUUUUGAAAGGAAAAAUUGUAAUGUUCACCUAAGGUGACUGUACAGAUAUAGCAAACAUUUUGCAACACUUUUUUUAUAUUCUAAUUUUUUUUCUCUAAUACUUAAUUCCUGCUACAGCUUCAGUGCUUUUCUCAACAGCAAGAGCAGAUGGAGAAAUUUUGAAAAAAAAAAGUAUGACAGCUACAAAUGCCAAUUAUUAUUAAGAUUAACAUAAUAUUAAGCAGUAGCAUUAGAAGGCUGUAGAUGCCAUGAUUUAUAGAUAUGUGAGCUCAUUAUCACAUAACACAAUGUGAAAUCCGCUUUGAUUUACUGCAUUAUUAUGUAGCCAAACAUGAUUUUUUAUUUAACUGAACUGGAGACAUGAUUAUGUAAACUGUUAUAAGAUAAGAUACCAGAAGUGUAUCCUUAUAAGAACCAAAUGAAUGAUGUGUUUUCAUUUUCACAAUAUUGUCUGUAAUCAUUUUCUAUCGGUAUUUGGUGAAUAUUAUACAUCGACAGUAAAUAGAGGUGUUACAACUGUUGUUCAGUAGCAUCAUUGUGCUGCUAUGUAUCAGUUACAAAUGUUGUUAUAAACCAUUCACGAAGA